AUGGAAGAGACUCAAUCGUUUCGCAUUACUGGCACAACUGAUGUCAAAAACAUCGAUGUGGAUAUUGUCAGUGGGCAGAAUGUAAUCUACUGGGAGGACAUCAAUCAGGUCUUUCCAAGAGUUGGGCACGUCUGCAAUGGCAGUUCCAUAGUCAAGUUACUUAGAGACUCAAGUCGAAUCAGAAUCGUGCCUCACUGCAUCAAGCAUUGCCCAGGAGUGGUUCUGGACGUAGUCUUGUCCACCAAUGAGCAUGCUCAUGUUGACCCUCCAAUGGCAACCUUGGGUCUAGCUCCCGAUACACCCACCCAUCCUUACCAUCCCGGCGCUAUCAUUAAUGAGCUUAACGUCAAUCCUCCAGCGAGCUCCACCGCGACACUUGCUGAGUUUGUCUCUAGCCUUGCCAUUGCCGCGGAAUCUUCCACUGAUCUUUCGUCCGCUGAGCCACGCCAAGCAACCGUGACCAGAGGAAACACCACUCAUAUCCAGAGUCAGUUCAUUUCUGUGGCCGCGGUCAUCGAGCACGCCCGCCAGUCUGGAAAGCCAUUGACCUCUGAAGCGCUCUCUUCACUGAUUGCCUCAAAGUUGACUCCGGCGUCAAUGGCCAAAUCCGGGUUCGAGAGAACAGUCAUUCACAAGCUAGAUGGACUUCACGACCAAGGCGCUAUGACUCAGCAGAUUGCCCGGGAGGUUUGGGAGUUACAAAAACAGAUGAACGAUCGAUUGGUUCUGAUCCAGAGCAAGACCGAGGCCAUCUUGACGCAGCAGUUGGAGCUGGCCGAGUAUCCGAUUCCUCGGUUGUUUAUUGUCUUGCCAGAAGUACCAGCAAAGUACGAUCCCGGCAACUGGUUUAGAACCAAGUUUCGACUGCAUUUCAUUUGUGAAUGCGGUAAGCAUACCGACGUCAACAACAGCAAGGAUCCACAUCACCUCCACCUGGCAAAACACGAAGGAUAUCUCAUCCGUGAGCCAACCGAGUUCUUCAAGAAAUAUGGUCCGUUUCUUUUGUUGAUGCUAGAGCUGAUCAAGUUUGGCACAAGUAUCGCCGGCCAUGUUGUUCCUACCUUGGCCAGCCUUAAGGUUGUCGAGCUGGCUGACUCUGUCAAACAGUCUGUCGAGUUAGUCACGGCCAAGAUCGAUUACUCGCUCGAAUGUAUCGAUAAGCAAUUGGCAAAAGUUCAAGCAUCAUCUCCAGAGGAUCACAUCGACACUGAGCCUGGAGCAGCAAUGACACAACACGACUUGACCAACUAUCUGAGCGAUGUCGAGGGACUUGAAGGUAUCGAGUUACGCCAGUUGAGAUCAUUCUUGAAGACAUCAGAGGAGGAAAAUCUUCUCGGGAACCUUUACCGAAUGACGACACCGGAUGGCCACGUCAAAUGGGUCUGCUACGACCACUACCGAGCCAGCUAUCAAGAGAAGCACACCCAGAAGCUCCGAAGUGUGGUCCAGAUGGCACAAGGAGAAUUUGAUGAGCAACUGGGAAGGAUCAUAAUAACUCUGACUUCCAGCAUUGUCGCUGCCGAGUUUUAUGACGCCGUCAGCAAAGCCAAGGGUAUCCUCGGACUCACCGUCGAUAUGAGUUGGGAGUGCAUCAGGAGUGAUCUUGAAGCAUUAGAGAAUGCACUCAAGCAAUCAAGAAUCUCGAUACUUCGCCUUAAUCUCCGACAAUUUCGAACAAGCCUCGGCAGUAAACUAUUGUCGACAUCCGCACAAUGCGAACUAUCCUUCGAGUUGGCAGCUUUAUCUAUUGGAGGAAAAGAAUUUGGGAGACUAGCAGAGACACUUAAGACCAACUCGACUCUGACCACUUUGAACUUAAGGGACAACUCAAUCGGAGAUAACGGAGCACAGGCGCUGUCUGCGGCACUCAAGAUCAACUCGACUCUAACCAUUUUGGACUUGGGUCACAAUUCGAUCGGAGACAACGGAGCUCAGGCGCUGUCUGAGGCACUCAACACCAACUCGACUCUGACCACUUUGAACUUGUACAUUAACUCGAUCACAGACAACGGAGCCAAGGCGCUGUCUGAGGCACUCAAGACCAACUCGACUCUGACCACUUUGAACUUGGGUCACAAUUCGAUUAGAGAAAAUGGAGUCAAGGCGCUGGCUGAGGCACUCAAGACCAACUCGACUCUGACCACUUUGAACUUGUACACCAACUGGAUCGGAGUCAACGGAGUUCAGGCGCUGUCUGAGGCACUCGAGAUCAACUCGACUCUGACCACUUUGGAUUUGGCUUACAGCGGGAUUGGAGAGAAUGGAGUCAAGGCGCUGGCUGAGGCACUCAAGACCAACUCGACUCUGACCACUUUGAACUUGGGUCACAAUUCGAUCGGAGACAAUGGAGCUCAGGCGCUGUCUGAGGCACUCAAGACCAACUCGACUCUGACCACUUUGAAAUUGUAUACCAACUCGAUCGGAGACAACGGAGUUCAGGCGCUGUCUGAGGCACUCGAGAUCAACUCGACUCUGACCACUUUGCAUUUGGGUUACAACUCAAUCAGACCCAACGGAGCUCAGGCGCUGGCUGAGGCACUCAAGACCAACUCGACUCUGACCACUUUGGACUUGACCAACAACUCGAUCGGAGACAACGGAGUUCAGGCGCUGGCUGAGGCACUCAAGACCAACUCGACUCUGACCACUUUGAAAUUGUAUACCAACUCGAUCGGAGACAACGGAGCUCAGGCGCUGGCACUCAAGACCAACUCGACUGCGACCAUCAUAACAUAA